AAGUAUGCGGAAGUGAAGCGAGAAGAGGCGUUAGAUGUUUGUGUCGGUGUGUUUUCCUGAGCUGUUUCUCGACCCCAGCCAGUCGGACAUGUGAGUGGUGAGGCGGAUUCUGCUGCUGGAUGGAUGCACUUUUUUCCUGACUCAACCUCAUCGACUCUGACACAACUUCCAACAUGUUCUGCAAGGAUGAGGAACACAUUGAGCUGUGGAACAGACAGACGAAAGAGCCUUUACUUCCUUCACUGCCCUCCCAGAGGACAUUUGACUACGUAUUGGUGGCCGACAAGGUGGAUGAUGAAAUGGACCAAAAGUCUCAGAGACAGAAAGCCUUUGUCGAGCAACUAGAAAAGAAAAACAUCACAGUCACUAAAAUCGUCCACGAUGACAAAGUGUUUUUCGGCCUGCGUGCUCCUAGAGAGAUGUUUGAAGACUAUCAGUACCUGCUGAAAGUCUCCGACUCCUGCAACUGGUGUGGAGAUGUGCGGGGAGCCGUCACACAGGCUACCAGGAUUCGAAUCGUUCAUUUUAUUCUUCAUCAGACCUUCAUCAACACAGGAGAGAACCUGAAGGAGCUGUUAAUGAAGGAUGUCUUUGAAACCAUGUUCUGCCUCCAUGAGAGAAAGACGCAGAAACAGCUGACAAAGAAGUGGGCUCGAUGGUCAGCUCUUUUUAAAGGACAACCAGUCAGUGAUAUCAAGUAUUACUUUGGGGAGAAGGUGGCUCUGUACUACCUGUGGCUGGGAUGGUACACUAAAUUGUUAGUUCCAGCUGCUGUUCUGGGUGUUGUAGUGUUCCUGUACGGGCUCGCCUUUUUUAACACUAGCCCUCUCAUUAAGGAAGUAUGUCAGUCCAACAUCACCAUGUGUCCUCGCUGUGAUAAAAGGUGUCCACCGUGGCAACUCUCAGACACCUGUUUGUAUGCUAAGGUCAGCCAUUUGUUUGACAAUGAGGGAACUGUGGCUUUUGCUAUGUUCAUGGCAAUCUGGGCCACGUUGUUCCUAGAACUGUGGAAGCGACACAGAGCCAGAUAUGUUUCCAAGUGGAAGGUCUAUGACUGGUGUGAGGAGGAGGAGGAACUGAUCAUGGAAAUAGUCAGUGAUCCCUUCUGUAAACCCAAACAGUUUAGACAUUCCUACUUGCGCAGUACUGUGGUCCUCAUCCUAGUAACACUCAUGUUGAUGCUGAUCAUCGGUCUUGCUCACGCUCUGGUGGUGUUUCGAGUGGUGGCUGCCCCCUUGAUGUCUGAAUGCCAGUGGGAGUUUCUGAGAGACCAUGCCAACCCUGUGGCUGUGAUGUUUGGUGCUGUGCUGCAUUAUCUCACAAUUCAGAUCAUGACCCGGGUGAACAGAUGGGUGUCCCUCAAGCUGUGUCACAUAGAGAAGCUGAACUCGUUUGCUGCUACAGAGAGGAGCUUCACAGUCAAGAUGUUCACCUUCCAGUUCUUCACUCUUUUCUCCUCUCUCUUCUAUGUGGCCUUUUUCCUGGGCAGAAUAAAUGGCAGUCCAGGAAACUAUGUGCGCAUUGCUGGGUUUCGACUGGAGGAGUGCCAUCCAAGUGGUUGUUUGACGGACCUUUUCAUCCAGAUGGCUGUGAUCAUGCUGCUCAAACAGACUCUCAACAACAUCUUUGAGUUCAUUGUCCCCUGGUUGAAGAACUGUUUAAGUAGAAACACUGCAAAAAAGCUGGAGAGGAAGUGUGGUUAUUGCUACAGGAAGGCCUGCCGUGAUGAACAGGGACGUGUUGAACCGUGUGAUAUCUGCAAACUCCGUGAUUGGCUGCGUAACUACCACUUGGCCAACACUGACGCCUUCAGCCUCUUCAAUGAAUUCCUGGAGAUGGUGAUCCAGUUCAGUUUCACCACCAUAUUUGUGGCUGCAUUUCCUCUUGCACCCUUUCUGGCUCUCAUCAACAACAUCUUUGAAAUCCGCCUGGAUGCCAUCAAGAUGGUCCGACUGGAACGACGGCUGAUCCCUAGGAAGACCAAUGACAUUGGUGUGUGGACAAAGGUUCUGGAGGCCAUUGGAGUGUUGGCAGUGAUCGCUAACGGUCUUGUCAUUGGAGUGACAUCAGACUUUAUUCCUCGCCUCGUCUACCGUUACCGUUACAGCCCUUGUGCUACUGGAGCCGCUCAUACACACUGCAUGCAGGGCUACAUCAAUGACACUCUGUCCACAGCUUUUAUGAACCUGACAGAGCCAGACAGGGUCAUCACACAGUGCAGCUACAGAGACUACAGGAAUGAGGACUACACUCUGACUUCUCAGUUCUGGUUGGUCUUGGCUGUGCGCUUUGCCUUUGUCAUCCUCUUUGAGCAUGUUGUGGUGGUGUGUAAGUUCAUAGCAGCCUGGUUCGUCCCAAACAAUCCCAUUCAGGUGAAGAACAAUCGUCUGCAUGACAAACUGGCUCGACUGAAGGAGGAGUUUCGGCAAAUGAAACGCAGCAUGUCAACAGAUGUCUGACCUCUCAAAGAUUACGUCAUAUCUGCUUCUAACUGGUUGAUGUGUGAAAUGGAAUGAUGGAAUCUUGUUUGCAUAAUUCAUAUUUACUGUUGGAACACCAGUCUGACCUGUAACCCAACUACAGUAUUGCAUUAGUUACUGUGUAAGGAUAUUAUGGGAGAGUUGUUUUCUCCUGCUAACAUGCUACCACUCACCCAUCAUACUAUAUAUGACCAGUAGGAGAUUUAUUAUUUUAUCAAAGGAGGUGACCUGAUGGAAGCAUCCCUUUGCUACAACACCACCAGCCAACACACAGACCCAUGAGCAUUAGAGGUGGCAGGUUAGUAAUUCAGUAAUUUUGCAAACAAUCCCCUCAAUUGCUGUCUGCAUAUAACACAACAUCUGAUGUUUUUGUAUUACACUGUGAGGAGAUCUUAUUUUUGUCAUUUACAUAACUUGGAAUAUUAUGAAGCAGGCCCACAGUUAUUUUAAUAAAGGAACAGUUGAAAGUUUCUCGCCCAGUGUUUUGUGCCAGUCAAGGUAGAGAACUCUAAUUGAUGACAUAUAGUCAGAAAGACAGGAGAGUGAACAUGAGGUAGCUUUCAAUAAAACUUAAAGGACAAGAAGGAAGGAAAAACUGCAUCAAAAUGCAGCUGAAGAGUCCACGACUCUGUUCCAGAGAGUAGGUUUAAAGAAUUAGAAGUCUAACUUGAGUUUUUGGCUCCAGAACAGUGGAUCACUGGGAGCUCAAUCAACCCAGAACAGUUGAGCUGAGUAGCCUCAGUGAAGCACCAAGGUGGGUAAUCAAAAAAGAGCAUCAUCAAUAGAGCUUCAAAACCAUAAUUCACUAUAGCAAUGGGUCAAUAAGGAGCAGAGUGUCCAUUUUAAUCGAGAUAGAAAGAUGAAUUUUUCUCAGUGUGGAUCAUGACGUACAUCUUAAAAAAAAAACAGUGGAGAAAGGAGUCCAUAAAUGAACACUUAAAUUUUAUACAACGGUCAUUUACCUGACAGCCCAGGGCAGGUAAUGAUUAGGAUUUGGUCACGACAGAUGUGGAUUAACUGGUCACAUUUAGUCCAGAUUUUAGGAUCAUCACUCAAACGAUGCUGCAUUUCCUUAAUGUUCUGAUUCAAACUGUUCAAUUCACUCCUGUGUGGAAAGUUCAGUGUGAUAGGUAGAGAGGUCAGAAGGCUGCUGUGAAGAAUGCAAAUCCUCUUGUCCAGAGGUGUGGUUAUUCUCACAGUUGACACUUUAUGAAGCUCAUCAGAUUCUGGUGAAGGUAGGAGAGUCCUGGGAUCUCCAAGAGAGCCGUGAGUGGUCCUUUAGUAAACAUCAGAGCUGCUGUGAAGCAAAGACAGCUUCCAGUUGCUUCACCUCUUGGUGCAGUUGCUCCCAAAUACGUUGUCAUACGCAUUAAAAUGAGACAUAAAUUAUACAUUUCAUGACAGAGGCUGUUUACAAUCUGACCACAGGCUGGACGUUGGACAUGCCUGGUUGAGAUGAACAUAAGGAACAUGUUUUUAGAGAGACAAGCUAACAGGAUUCCUUCCCUUCUUAACCUCCACAUCUUGCUCUUCUCACCCAGAUCUGCCUCAAUAGUUGUGCUGCUUCCUCUUCAGCUUCAAAGUGUUUUUAUGUUAAUAUUUUUAAUUCACAUUCUAACGUAUGAUUCUAAGGAAAAUAAAGGCAGAUAUUUUGUU